CGUCACAGCACAGUUGGGUCUUGUAAAUGCGCCAUGAAUCCGUAUGAGUAGCUUGUUGUAAAAACGGAAUGUCUCUGUGCUGACAGGCCCAAGUCUAACGUUAUAAAUUCAACACAGUAGCAUUUGAGGAAGAAAUACUGCGAUAUAUCGGCAAACCAAGAUGGAGUGCGAGUGGAAACCAGAUGAGCAAGGACUUCAGCAAAUUCUACAGCUUUUGAAAGAGUCCCAGUCUCCGGAUACGUCCACUCAAAGAUCCGUCCAGCAAAGAUUGGAACAGCUCAACCAAUACCCAGACUUCAACAACUACUUGAUAUUCGUGCUGACGAAGUUGAAAUCAGAAGAUGAGGCGACCCGCUCUCUUAGUGGUCUGAUCCUAAAGAACAAUGUGAAGGCCCACUACCAGAACUUCCCCAAUGGAGUGUCUGACUUCAUUAAGAGCGAGUGUCUACAGAACAUUGGAGACGCCUCGCCCCUCAUCCGGGCCACCGCGGGUAUCCUCAUCACCACCAUUGCCUCUAAAGGGGAGCUGCAGAACUGGCCCGAGUUGCUGCCCAAACUCUGCCUCCUGCUGGACUCUGAGGACUACAACACCUGUGAGGGGGCGUUUGGCGCUCUUCAGAAGAUCUGUGAGGACUCAGCAGAGAUCUUGGACAGUGACGUGUUGGACCGUCCGCUCAACGUUAUGAUCCCAAAGUUCCUGCAGUUCUUCAAACACAGCAGCCCCAAGAUAAGGUCUCAUGCCAUCGCCUGCGUCAACCAGUUCAUCAUCAGUAGGACCCAGGCCCUAAUGCUGCACAUCGAUGACUUCAUCGAGAACCUGUUUGCCCUGGCGACUGAUGAGGAGCCAGAGGUGAGGAAGAACGUUUGCAGAGCUCUGGUCAUGCUGCUGGAAGUCCGCAUGGACCGUCUCCUACCGCAUAUGCACAACAUCAUAGAGUACAUGCUGCAGAGGACUCAGGACCAGGAUGAGAACGUGGCUCUGGAGGCCUGUGAGUUCUGGCUGACACUGGCUGAACAGCCUGUCUGUAAGGAUGUGCUGUGUAACUACCUCUCCAAGCUGAUUCCGGUGCUCGUCAACGGGAUGAAGUACUCCGAGAUCGACAUCAUUCUGCUCAAGGGUGAUGUGGACGAGGAUGAUGAUGAGGCCAUCCCUGACAACGAGCAGGACAUCAGGCCCAGAUUCCACCGCUCCCGUACCGUUGCCCAGCAACACGAGGGCGACCGUGACGGCAUCGAGGACGAUGACGACGAUGAUGAUGAUGAUGACCUGGACGAUGAUGACACCAUCUCUGACUGGAACCUCCGUAAGUGUUCAGCAGCAGCGUUGGACGUGUUGGCAAACGUGUUCAGAGAUGACCUGCUCCUCCCCAUCCUGCCUCUCCUCAAAGAGCUGCUCUUCCACCCAGAGUGGGUCAUCAAGGAGUCUGGUAUACUCGUCCUGGGUGCCAUCGCUGAGGGUUGUAUGCAGGGUAUGAUCCCCUACCUGCCAGAGCUCAUCCCCCACCUGGUGCAGUGUCUGAGUGAUGAGAAGGCCCUGGUGCGCUCCAUCACCUGCUGGACCCUGAGUCGAUAUGCCCACUGGGUGGUCAGCCAGCCUCCUGACACCUAUCUGAAGCCACUGAUGACUGAGCUCCUCAAACGCAUCCUGGACUCCAACAAGAGGGUGCAGGAGGCUGCCUGCAGUGCCUUUGCCACUCUGGAAGAAGAGGCAUGUACAGAGUUGGUUCCCUAUCUGGCCUACAUCCUGGACACUCUGGUGUUUGCCUUCAACAAGUACCAACACAAGAACCUGCUUAUACUGUACGAUGCUAUAGGGACGCUUGCUGACUCCGUGGGACACCACCUCAACAAGCCGGAGUACAUUCAGAUGCUGAUGCCUCCACUGAUAGCAAAGUGGAACCAGCUGAAGGACGAAGACAAGGAUCUGUUCCCUUUACUAGAGUGCCUGUCGUCAGUAGCCACUUCUCUCCAGAGUGGUUUCCUGCCCUACUGUGAGCCGGUGUACCAGCGCUGUGUCAACCUGGUGCAGAAGACCCUCGCUCAGGCCAUGCUCCACCAGUCCCAGCCAGACCAGUACGAGGCUCCUGAUAAGGACUUUAUGAUUGUGGCUCUUGACCUGCUCAGUGGACUGGCCGAGGGGUUGGGCGGCAACAUCGAGCAGCUGGUUGCCCGUAGCAACAUCCUCACGCUCAUGUACCAGUGCAUGCAGGACAAAAUGCCGGAGGUGCGUCAGAGCUCCUUUGCUCUGCUGGGUGACCUGACUAAAGCUUGUUUCCAGCAUGUAAAGCCAUGCAUUGCUGAUUUCAUGCCUAUACUAGGCACUAAUCUGAACCCAGAGUUGAUAUCAGUGUGCAACAAUGCAACGUGGGCAAUCGGAGAGAUAUCUAUACAAAUGGGUGAGUGUCCGGAAAUUGUCAGAAAGCGUUCACACAUACCAGCUUGGAUACAUUCCCUGACCUCCCGUCUCCUUCCCCUCUCCCCAGGGGCUGAGAUGCAGCCCUACGUGACCAUGGUCCUGCACCAGCUGGUUGAGAUCAUCAACAGGCCCAACACCCCAAAGACUCUGCUGGAGAACACAGCAAUAACAAUUGGUCGUCUUGGUUACGUUUGUCCUCAAGAGGUGGCACCCAUGCUACAGCAGUUUAUAAGACCCUGGUGCACCUCUCUAAGGAACAUAAGAGACAAUGAGGAAAAAGACUCAGCGUUCCGAGGCAUCUGCACUAUGAUCAGUGUCAACCCUGGAGGAGUGGUACAGGACUUUAUAUUUUUCUGUGAUGCAGUGGCCUCGUGGGUAAAUCCAAAGGAUGAUCUGCGAGACAUGUUCGGCAAGAUCCUCCAUGGGUUCAAGAACCAGGUGGGCGAGGAUAACUGGAGGCGUUUCUCAGACCAGUUCCCACUGCCUCUGAAGGAACGGCUGGCGGCCUUCUACGGGGUGUAAUGCUUUCCAUAGGAACAUACCUGUUCAAGGGGGUCAUUCACUAUGGGAGACGACGGACGGGGAACCUCUUAUACCCAGGGAACAUGUUACCCUUUACUGGGGGUAGGGUCUACCAGCUGGGGAGGGAGGGGGGUGCGGACCGGGACCCUCCUCAACCUUCUUGACGGGCGGGGUGGGAGGGAGGUGUUAGCCAGCAGAGGCAGUCAAUGCCCCCCAAGCAACAGGCGAGGGGGACACGGGGGAGCCAGCAGGCUAACUUAAUCAAGGGAGGAAACAUUUAUUUAAUAAUUUCAACAUCUCAUUCAGAAAUGAAAAGACAUUGUCAGCGUAGCCAUUUUUGUUUCCCUUUUAUUUUUUUUAUUUUCAUUCGAGCUCUCCAGCAACUCUACUACUGAGUGGACAUGUGAAUCAAAACGCAGGAAAAAAACAAUGCAAAACUUUGUAAAUGCUUCUGUCGUUUAGUUGUGGUAAAAUCAUGGGUUUAUACUUACCGGGGGGGGGGGGAAUAGUGCUGAUUUGAGGAUCAGAUUUCAGUUAAGAGCUUUUAAAUCUAUACGUAUCGACCAGAAAGUGCCACUGAGAGAUAAGUGUAGGGGGAGGGAGUGUAGAACUAGAAAGAAUGAUACCGACCAUAGAAUUGAUAUGGGGGUGGUUAUAAAAUAAUGUAGUGGGCAUAGAAAUAACAUUAAAAGUCUGAAAGAAAACAGCAUAGCAGCUGUCCUCAACUGGCAGGACAGCUGCUAGCCAAGCAACCCCAACAGAGGUAACAGAGUAAAGAAAAUGCUGAUAUUAUCGUAUUUAUCUAACCAGACAUUUUUUUGUGGGGGGGGGGGAACACUGCCUUUGCAUAUCUUCGAAUAACAAUAGCCUGUCUUUUAUUGUAGUCAUCAAUCAAAGUAAUUGCGUUGAGUUAAUGAAAGAAAAAUUGGUAGUGGCAUAUUUAAAGUAAUAGAUGAAUAAACAGUAUUUUUAUGGCAGGUCAGAAGCUGUGUUGAAUAAACCAUUCAGUCAAACACGUCACAGACAGAAAGAGUGCAGAUGAUUCUAUAUUUGUUGUGGUUGAAAGUGACUUGUCUUAAAAACAGGAAAAUAACUAAGUAGCAUGCUUACAUCAAAGGGAAGUGGGUAAGGAGGGUGUACAUCAGUAGAGAGAUCUGUGUGUUGUAUCAUCGGAUAGUUGUGGUAUUUCUUGCAUAGCCUUAUGAUAAGGUUUCUUAAACAAACAUGUAGUUUGUCCUUUUUCAGUUUUCUGUCCGCCCACCACCCCCUAUGUUUACCAGAGGCUUUCCAGUCAGUGUCUAGCAUGAACUGGGUUUACAUACAUACAAUAUAUAAACAUACAAGUCUGAUAUUGAUAUUCUCAUCUAGUUGAAUCCAUAUACUGUAGCAGGGUUUUGGUUGUGAUUCUAAAAAGAGACCUUGAACACUGCUACAUACAUGUUAAAACUCUGAGGUAAACUCUCAGGCUGCCUCUGUUCUGUGGUGUGGAAGUGACGUGUUCUGUGUGCAUGGAUGUUUUACUAGCUGCCAUAAUAUCAGCUUUCCUGACCCCAUAUUGUUUUAAAUAUCAAAUUCUGUCUUUCUCACAUUUGUGAAAACAGUACUUGGGCUCGAUUGUGGCAACAUAAGACUAUAUUGUUUAACAGUGUCGGGGGGGGGGGGGUUAUGGAAACUGCAUACAGGGCUUUAGCUGAAAAUGUUCACCCUUUUGUUAUUAGGACUGUAACACAAGUCCUCCUGUCUUGAUAGUGUGUCUGUCUGUGACCUUGGUUGGUUGUCAAUCCAAAACUCAACAGCAAGCAAUUGUAAAAAAAAAAAAAAAAAAAAAAAAAAAAAAGUUUUAUGUACUGUGUUUUUUUGGUUAUUGUUGUUGUUGGUUUGCUUUUUUUGUGAAAAGCAUGAUCUUUGAGGAUGAUUGUAAUGACUGUUUUGAAUGCAGGGUAUUCGAAUGCUUGAUUCCUUGCAUGUUGGUGGUCCUUUUACAUCCCAAACUAGACAAGGGGAGGUGCAUUUCAAUUGAACUAAAAAGUUACGGAAAUUCUAAUUUCUUCACUACCCCAUUUCGCUGACAUACAAUAUCAGACUUUUAUUUUGAAAGUUCAACUUUUAUCUCAUACAUACCUGCAGGACGAUUUUCCCCUUAACCUAUAACCCACGUGCAAAUGUAUUGUUUGUUAUCUUGUUAAAUACUGUGAAGUUAGAACUUAAAGAAAAAAAUGUUUUUUGUUCCUUUUUGUUUUGGUGUGUUAUUGUUUUGACUCCGUAAAGUGCAAAGGUCUUGAGGUCGUUGAUUGCCUGAAUGUAUCCCAUGGUGGGUGGGAAUACAGUUUUAUGCCCAGCCAACCAAUCAGAUUCACUCUGCAGGUCAGAGUAAUUGUUGCAGUAUUUUGUCUGCCUCGGAGGGCAUAUUAAAAGCACUUGUUCAGACAGAAAAUUAAUUCUGCAUACUGUAGUAGACUGACACAAUCACGUACUGAUAUAGUAUUUGUUUACAGGAGACUUAUACCACUAAACACCUCUUGUAUUACUUCACUGAGUAUUCAAUAUUGUGUAUAUACAGUGGGGAGAACAAGUAUUUGAUACACUGCUGAUUUUACAGGUUUUCCUACUUACAAAGCAUGUAGAGGUCUGUAAUUUUUUAUCAUAGGUACACUUCAACUGUGAGACGGAAUCUAAAACAAAAAUCCAGAAAAUCACAUUGUAUAUUUUAAGUAAUUCAUUUGCAUUUUAUUGCAUGACAUAAGUAUUUGAUACAUCAGAAAAGCAGAACUUAAUAUUUGGUACAGAAACCUUUGUUUGCAAUUACAGAGAUCAUACGUUUCCUGUAGUUCUUGUCCAGGUUUGCACACACUGCAGCAGGGAUUUUGGCCCACUCCUCCAUACAGACCUUCUCCAGAUCCUUCAGGUUUCGGGGCUGUCGCUGGGCAAUUCGGACUUUCAGCUCCCUCCAAAGAUUUUCUAUUGGGUUCAGGUCUGGAGACUGGCUAGGCCACUCCAGGACCUUGAGAUGCUUCUUACGGAGCCACUCCUUAGUUGCCCUGGCUGUGUGUUUUGGGUCGUUGUCAUGCUGGAAGACCCUACUGAGGGAAGGAGGUUGUUGGCCAAGAUCUCGCGAUACAUGGCCCCAUCCAUCCUCCCCUCAAUACGGUGCAGUCGUCCUGUCCCCUUUGCAGAAAAGCAUCUCCAAAGAAUGAUGUUUCCACCUCCAUGCUUCACGGUUGGGAUGGUAUUCUUGGGGUUGUACUCAUCCUUCUUCUUCCUUCAAACACGGCGAGUGGAGUUUAGACCAAAAAGCUCUAUUUUUGUCUCAUCAGACCACAUGACCUUUUCCCAUUCCUCCUCUGGAUCAUCCAGAUGGUCAUUGGCAAACUUCAGACGGGCCUGGACAUGCGCUGGCUUGAGCAGGGGGACCUUGCGUGCGCUGCAGGAUUUUAACCCAUGACGGCGUAGUAUGUUACUAAUGGUUUUCUUUGAGACUGUGGUCCCAGCUCUCUUCAGGUCAUUGACCAGGUCCUGCCGUGUAGUUCUGGGCUGAUCCCUCACCUUCCUCAUGAUCAUGGGAGACCAGAUGCUGCUGGAAGUGGUGUUGGAGGGCCAGUAGGAGGCACUCUUUCCUCUGGUCUAAAAAAAAAUAUCCCAAUGCCCCAGGGCAGUGAUUGGGGACACUGCCCUGUGUAGGGUGCCGUCUUUCGGAUGGGACGUUAAACGGGUGUCCUGACUCUCUGAGGUCAUUAAAGAUCCCAUGGCACUUAUCGUAAGAGUAGGGGUGUUAACCCCGGUGUCCUGGCUAAAUUCCCAAUCUGGCCCUCAAACCAUCAUGGUCACCUAAUAAUCCCCAGUUUACAAUUGGCUCAUUCAUCCCCCUCCUCUCCCCUGUAACUAUUCCCCAGGUCGUUGCUGCAAAUGAGAAUGUGUUCUCAGUCAACUUACCUGGUAAAAUAACGGUAAAAUAAAAUAAAUAAAAAAUUGAUGCCCCACGAGGUGAGAUCUUGCAUGGAGCCCCAGACUGAGGGGGAUUGACCGUCAUCUUGAACUUCUUCCAUUUUCUAAUAAUUGCGCCAACAGUUGUUGCCUUCUCACCAAGCUGCUUGCCUAUUGUCCUGUAGCCCAUCCCAGCCUUGUGCAGGUCUACAAUUUUAUCCCUGAUGUCCUUACACAGCUCUCUAGUCUUGGCCAUUGUGGAGAGGUUGGAGUCUGUUUGAUUGAGUGUGUGGACAGGUGUCUUUUAUACAGGUAACGAGUUCAAACAGGUGCAGUUAAUACAGGUAAUGAGUGGAGAACAGGAGGGCUUCUUAAAGAAAAACUAACAGGUCUGUGAGAGAUGGAAUUCUUACUGGUUGGUAGGUGAUCAAAUACUUAUGUCAUGCAAUAAAAUGCAAAUUAAUUUCUUAAAAAUCAUACAAUGUGAUCUUCUGGAUUUUUGUUUUAGAUUGCGUCUCACAGUUGAAGUGUACCUAUGAUAAAAAAUUACAGACCUCUACAUGCUUUGUAAGUAGGAAAACCUGCAAAAUCGGCAGUGUAUCAAAUACUUGUUCUCCCCACUGUGUGUGUAUAUAUAUAUACACACACACAUACACACAUACAUACAUACAUACAUACAUACAUAUAUAUACACACAUAUGUGUGUGUAUAUAUAUAUGUGUGUGUGUACAUAUAUAGAUAUACAUAUGUGUAUAUAUAUAUAUACAUAUAUACAUAUGUAUAUAUAUGUGUAUGUGUGUGUACAUACACCGACACAGUUGAAGUCGGAAGUUUACAUACACCUUAGCCAAAUACAUUUAAAUUCAGUUUUUCACAAUUCCUGACAUUUAAUCAUAGUAAAGAUUCCCUGUCUUAGGUCAGUUAGGAUCACCACUUUAUUUUCAUAAAGUGAAAUGUCAGAAUAAUAAUAGAGUGAUUUAUUUCAGCUUUUAUUUCUUUCAUCACAUUCCCAGUUGGUCAGAAGUUUACAUACACUCAAUUAUUAUUUGGUAGAAUUGCCUUUAAAUUGUUUAACUUGGGUCAAACGUUUCGGGUAGCCUUCCACAAGCUUCCCACAAUAAGUUGGGUGAAUUUUGUCCCAUUCUUCCUGACAGAGCUGGUGUAACUAAGUCAGGUUUGUAGGGCUCCAUGCUCGCACACGCUUUUUCAGUUCUGCCCAUACAUUUUAUUUUGGAUUGAGGUCAGGGCUUUGUGAUGGCCACUCCAAUACCUUGACUUUGUUGUCCUUAAGCCAUUUUGCCACAACUUUGGAAGUACGCUUGGGGUCAUUGUCCAUUUGGAAGACCCAUUUGCAAUCAAGGUUUAACUUCCUGACUGAUGUCUUGAGAUGUUGCUUCAAUAUAUCCACAUAAUUUACCUCCUCAUGAAGACAUCUAUUUUGUGAAGUGACCUAGUCCCUCCUGCAGCGUUGCACCCCCACAACAUGAUGCUGCCACCCCCGUGCUUCACGGUUGGGAUGGUGUUCUUCGGCUUGCAAGCUUCCCCCUUUUUUCUCCAAACAUAAUGAUGGUCAUUAUGGCCAAACAGUUCUAUUUUUGUUUCAUUAGACUAGAGGACAUUUCUCCAAAAAGUAUGAUUUUUGUCCCCAUGUGCAGUUGCAAACCGUAGUCUGGCUUUUUUUAUGGCGGUUUUGGAGCAGUGGCUUCUUCCUUGCUGAGCGGCCUUUCAGGUUAUGUCGAUAUAGGACUCGUUUUUACUGUGGAUAUACAUUAUUUUGUACCCGUUUCCUCCAGCAUCUUCACAAGGUCCUUUGCUGCUGUUCUGGGAUUGAUUUGCACUUAUCGCACCAAAGUAUGUUCAUCUCUAGGAGACAGAACGUGUCUCCUUCCUGAGCGGUAUGACGGCUGCGUCAUCCCAUGGUGUUUAUACUUGUGUACUAUUGUUUGUACAGAUGAACGUGGUACCUUCAGGCAUUUGGAAAUUGCUCCCAAGGAUAAACCAGACUUGUGGAGGUCUACAAUGUUUUUUCUGGGGUCUAGGCUGAUUUCUUUUGAUUUUAACAUGAUGAUUUUCUGGAAUUUUCCAUGCUGUUUAAAGGCACAAUCAACUUACUGUAUGUAAACUUCUGACCCACUGGAAUUGUGAUACAGUGAAAUAAUCUGUAAACAAUUGUUGGAAAAAUUACUUGUGUCAUGCACAAAGUAGAUGUCCUAACCGACUUGCCAAAACUAUAGUUUGUGAACAAGAAAUUUGUGGAGUGGUUGAAAAACAAGUUUUAAUGACUCCAACGAAAGUGUAUGUAAACUUCCGACACAAGUGUGUGUGUGUGUUUGAUCUGUUUUUAAAGAUAAGUUUCCCAAUAUCUUAAAUUCUCUAAAAGAUAAUUGGUCUAAACUAAGCCUGGAGAUGAAAUACUGCAGAUGCGCAUGUAUUGCCACAAAACCUUUCCAAAGCCAACAAUCUUUAACUUAGAUGAAUAGGUAUGAAUUUUUAAUUGGAUGGGUGUUUUGAACAUAAUUAGACAUUUUAACACUUGUAACAACAAAAACAUGGGUUAUUUCAAGUUAGCCUGGAUCCAAACUGAAUUGCUCUUUUUUCUUCUUUUUUUUCACCAGGCUAAUAUCAAGUAGCACAAAAAGACGGAAUGGGAUAUAUGGAGGCGCUUGUUUCUGUAGUUCUUGUUUUUGUGCCACAUCUUUGUCCUGAAGUUGAAAUGAUUUUGUCUUUGUCACAUUCCAGCUGUUUGUCAUGUCAAAAAUUGGAGGACGCAUGGCUAGAUUGGUUCUGUCCUACUGCGAUUUAUCACACUGAAUUGAAAACAACAACAAAAACAUAUAGGGCCUGUUUCCCAGACACAUUUUAAACCUAGUGCUAAGCUUAAUUUGUGUCCAGUAAACCUUCCCAAGAAAAUAUGAAAAGAAAAAUACAUAGAACAAUCGCUGUUUGUGUGCUGUCUUAAUGACAUAGCCGCUGCUAUAAUGUGUAGCUUCUGUACUUGAAUAUUUGUUUUUAGUAACCUCAGGAGGUCUGUGUUUACCGUUAUUGUUUCCAAAUGUAUGCCUUUUUCCAUCUCCCUUUACCGAUAAGAGGUUAUUAAGCCUCUCCUGCUCUAACCCUAAACUACAGAGCAUGUACCUGUCUGUGGGUGUUCACUUCACUAAUGUUUGAUAUGUGUGCUAACUCACCAAUAAGGCACUGAGAUGUACACACCCAGGGUCAGUGUGAAAUAAUAAUUGUAACUAGGUAAACGCAUGCAUUCAAAUUUAGCUACAAUUUGGAGGAAUAAGAAUAUACAAUUGGGAAGAGUUAACUUGCACAUAAUUAAUACAACUGUGGCAAAGUGAUUGUAAGACAUGUCUAGAUAGUUAAUGUAAUAUGUACAUGAUGCCUUGAUGAUAACUGGAUGAUUUGUCUGGGGAUUCGUAAUGGCUGGUAAUUUUCAAUAAUGAAAAAAGACCUUGCACAUUAGGCCAAACACAAAUAUGCUCAUGGCUUCUUACAGCUAUGUUUGUGUUUUUGAAGUCUUUAAUUUUGAAGAACAGGGCGGAAAUCUUUUAGAAAUCAUAGUCUAUUAGAAUGUCUCCUCUAAAGAGCGACUGCCCCUAAAAAGCAACUUCUCAUUUUGAAAACAGCUAUUUUGGCAUCGCUAUGAGUCAAACAUUUAUUCUAAUCAAAAUUGAGGUGUAAAUAGGACAAUUUUGGUCAUAAAGUCAGUCUCAUCCAUAACAGAUUUGCGAGAUGAUGGUGAAAAAAGUGUCAUGGAUUGAAGGGUCCCAUAAAUUCAUUAGGUUUGGUUUAUUUCAAUCCUGCCCACAGCAGGCAGCACCCAAGUAAUCAUCAUUUCGCAGCACAGCUGCACUGACCCUAUCGUAAUGCCCGUGGUCAAUUUGGUUUGACAUUCGAUAUCACUAUGAGGCUAGUUAGGGUACAUCAGUAAAUUACACAAUGUAAAUCAGAAAAUAUUUUAAAAGGUCAAUAGCUCCACAUCUCAAUUACUUAACCUCAAAUGACUAUAAAUUGUAGAAAUUCAUAUACAAAUAUAAAAAAACAUUUAAUGAGACAACUAAAAAUGUGGAACAAUAAAAUAAAUAAAAUAUUUUCCCAUUUACAUUUUAAUUUAUUGGUGGUCACUAAAUAGCCCCAGAGAUGGGCUAUCCAUUGUUAAACCAACUUUGCCAUGGUCACAAACUAGCCUGCUGAAGCUAAUUGGCGAAAGAAGUUGGCGAGUGCUAGCUAGCCUAGGUGACUUCAAGACACACGACAUGUUAGGCUGUUUCAAGUUAUCUAACAGUGAAUGUACAAACGCUUGCCACGUGCGAACAUACAUCGAGACACCCACAUUAAACCACCCCCUCCAAGACAACUCUUUUGGCUUCAGUCAUGGCCGCUGCAUUUCUUAAUGACCAAAACAAAAAAUUAGGCCAAAUCAGGAAUUUCAGCCCCCCUUUAAAGAACACCUGUAACAAUAGCCUGUGACUUUCAUUUAGCCAUGAGAAAAAACUUUACAAGAAUUUCUCCAAGUCUGCCUUCACCCGUUUUCGCUGAAUAAUGUGAGAGAAACUUCUUCUUUUUGAAAUAGUGAAUAUGGUUUAAAUUGUUUUUAUAAACUGCUGAAUUUUAAGGUUAAAUAAUAAGAAUUUAGGGGGUCACCAAAUAUUUUGGAUCAUGUGAAGAAUCUAUAUUGUACUGUAGUGAUUUUGUAAUGAUAUUUGUAUAAAGAUGUGAUGGAUGUGAAUGGUAAUCACUGCUUGGAUCUGUACAUUGUUGAGAAUAAAUUGUUUACAAAAAUC